UCUUUUAUUGCAGUUCCAAGAGGAAAGGAAAUGGGCGAGAGCAGCGUGAAGGUGCUGGGAGCAUGGUCGAGCCCAUUCGUGAUGAGGGUCAGGAUCGCACUUCACCUGAAAUCCCUCAACUACGAGUUCGUAGAAGAAAACAUGAUGCAAGGCAAAAGCGAGCUUCUUCUCAAAUCAAACCCCGUUCACAAGAAAAUCCCUGUCGUCAUCCACGGCGGUAACCCCAUCUGUGAGUCCCUCGUCAUCGUUCACUACAUCGACGAGGUCUGGCCCUCCGCACCUUCCAUUCUCCCUUCCGAUCCCUACGAGCGCUCCGGUUCUCGAUUUUGGGCUGCCUGUGUAGACGACAAGGUAUGUAUACACAACCAGAGCCAGCUCAGGAGGGGGAGCAGCAUGAGCUCCGGCUUAAGACUUCAGCUUCCAGCUUCAUAAAAUAAUA